GGGUUAUCUAUCUCAUGUACAGAACGCACUUUUCUCAUUCAUUCAUUCUAAUAACACGACCUUUCAUUUUCCUUCAUCCCUGCUCUCAAUCUCUCUCAAUAUUCUCGAUCUCGAUCUUUACACGCUGCAGUCAUUUUCAUUUUUCAUUUAUCCAAACCCUAACCCCCAAACUGAUAAAACUCACCUAGCUUCGAGCAACGGAGUAGCCGGUAAUUUGAUUCCCGCAGCGAAUCUAGGUGCACGAAUAUGCGGAGAUUCUCUUUCUCAUAGAAUAUAGGCAAUGUUUGCUUAACUGGCGAUUUCCUACAUUCGGUGGUGAUUUCUUGUGGUGUUGCCAUGUUGGACGAGAAAACUUUUGAUGUACAGUUGAAUUUGUUGGCACUUCGAGUCCCGCGGGAGCAUUGCAAGCUUGCAACUCGAAUUCUAAAUGGAUAUUUACUUGAUAGACCACGCAUAAAACCUGUAACAGAAGAUCCAACUUCUGAUAAGAAUCGUUACAUGUUAUUGUCCGAGAGAAUCCAAAUUCCAGAUUUGUCUGAGAUCCCUGAUGAUAAAGUUGAGGAAUUGAAAAGGCUCUUUGAGAUUCAAGUAGUUCCGUAUUCAUUUACGCUUGGCUAUUCGUACUGGAGUGUGGACCAUAUAUUGAAGCAGAUUCUGCCACCUGGGAUUGAAGUACCUUCGUCAUUUGAAACAAUCGGUCACAUUGCCCACCUGAAUAUAGCGGAUGAACUGCUACCGUAUAAAGACGUUAUAGCAAAAGUAAUUUAUGAUGGAUGCCAAGUGUACGCAAACGAUUUAAAUCCAGAUAGCAUUCGUUUUCUCAAGAUAAAUGCAGAAAUCAACAAGGUCUCUAAUCUAGUCCGCGCAUACAAUUUAGACGCACGGAAGUUUAUUUCUUCUAUAAUUCAAGUGCCUUCAACCGAAUGUUGUCCAGAGUCUGACAUAGCAAUUUCGAAGACUUCCUUAGAUGAAUCUCAUCUUCGAAACUUACAUGAAGGAGGAGCUGUAAAAGAAGUUCAAGAUGAGAAUGGUGGGAAUUUGGAAACUAAUGGACAAAUGAAAUCGAAAGAAGAGUCGAGUGUAGGUACUGUGAAACGACGCUGUGAAAGUUUGUUCGAAGGGAAUGAACGGCAUAAUGAUGGUCAGUGUGUGCCUGAAAAGAAGAAAAGAUGGUCGAAUAAACAUAUUAGAGAGUCUGAGGCUUUCAAUGCAAAACCCUGGGAGCACAUCGAUCAUAUGCCUUUAGAGGUCUUAUCCAUACGAAACACUGGAAAGGAGGCAGAGACUGCAUUAGGUGCUAGAAUUCAAGAUCCAAUAUUUUAUAGGAUUAGAGAUGUUGCCCCAAACAAGGCAAUGUUUUGUUUAAGCUUUAGAUUACCAGAGGAAGCAUGCAUUGGUGGUAGCUGUUGAUGACAAAUUUGAUGGUAUUUCUCAAAGGGGAAGUUAUUAAAAAUUUUUUAGCAUAUCACAAUUACAACAAAUUUGAUGGUAUUUUCUGUUUAGUUGCAUUGAAUGAUGCUUCUUUACAGAUCUGGAAUCGUGAAAAAAAUUGUGAUAUAUUUCAUUGAAAUUGAGAUAGUGGAAUUGGUAGAUAACAUAGAAGUCGAGGAUGUCUGAAUUUGUGUAUAAUUUUGAACUAGUACUAACAUUUGUAUUACACUGAGUGCUUAUUAAAAAAAUUAUUCUUAAAUUUUAAAAUUAGUGAAAAUUAUUGUUUUAAAAUUUAAAUACAUUUUUAAAAAAUUAUAUUUUAUUAUAUAUUU